ACCGCCUGGUUUCCAUUAGGGAGCCUGGUCCGCAGCUCGGGGAGACGGCGGAGUCGGCCGGCUAUGCGGCUAAGCCUGCUACUGCUCCUGCUGUGGCCGGGCCCUCUGGCCACCCCCGGCAUGGAGGAUGCCACCUUCCCCCACCUGGGGGAGAGCUCGCAGCCCCCGCCCCGGGCCUGCCCCCCGCGCUGCUCCUGUCCCCGGGCGGACACCGUGGACUGCAAUGGCUUGGACCUUCGUGUGUUCCCAGACAACAUCACCAGGGCUGCGCAGCACCUCUCCCUGCAGAACAACCAGCUGCAGGAGCUGCCCUACAACGAGCUGUCGCGCCUCAGCAGCCUGCGGACCCUCAACCUCCACAACAACCGCAUCUCCUCCGAGGGCCUGCCCGAUGAAGCCUUCGAGUCCCUCACGCAGCUGCAGCACAUCUACGUGGCCCACAACAAGCUCUCCGUGGCCCCCCAGUUCCUGCCCCGCUCCCUCCGCGUGGCCGACCUGGCUGCCAACCAGGUGAUGGAGAUCUUCCCCCUGACCUUCGGGCAGAAGCCUGCGCUCAGGUCCGUGUACCUCCACAACAACCAGCUGGACAACGCGGGGCUGCCGGCCGACGCCUUCCGCGGCUCCGAGGCCGUGGCCACGCUCAGUCUCUCCAGCAACCGGCUCCGCUACCUGCCGCCCAGCCUGCCCGCCUCGCUGGAGCGGCUCCACCUGCAGAACAACCUCAUAUCCAAGGUGCCCCGAGGAGCCCUGAGCCACCAGACCCAGCUCCGAGAGCUCUACCUACAGCACAACCAGCUGACGGACAACGGCCUGGACGCCACAACUUUCAGCAAGCUGCGCAGCCUCGAGUACCUGGACCUGUCCCACAACCAGCUGGCCACGGUGCCCGCCGGCCUGCCCCGGACCCUGGCCGUCCUGCACCUGGGCCGGAACCGCAUCCGGCGGGUGGAGGCGGGGCGGCUGCGGGGGGCGCGGGCGCUGCGCUACCUGCUGCUGCAGCACAACGCGCUGGGGAGCGCGGGGCUGCCCGCCGGGGCGCUGCGGCCGCUGCGGGGCCUGCACACGCUGCACCUCUACGGCAACGGGCUGGACCGCGUGCCCCUGGCGCUGCCCCGCCGCCUGCACGCCCUGGUGCUGCCCCACAACCGCGUGGCCGCGCUGGGCGCCCGAGACCUGGCCUCUACGCCCGGCCUGGCGGAGCUCAACCUGGCCUAUAACCGCCUGGCCAGCGCCCGCGUGCACCGCCGGGCCUUCCGCCGGUUGCGCGGGCUGCGUAGCCUCGACCUGGCUGGCAACCAGCUGACGCGGCUGCCCACGGGCCUGCCCGCCGGCCUGCGUGCCCUGCGCCUGCAGCGCAACCAGCUGCGGGGGCUGGAGCCCGAGCCCCUGGCCGGCCUGGACCAGCUGCGGGAGCUCAGCCUGGCGCACAACCGGCUCCGGGUCGGUGACAUUGGGCCCGGCACCUGGCACGAGCUGCAGGCCCUCCAGGUGCUGGACCUCAGCCACAAUGAGCUGUCCUUUGUGCCCCCGGACCUGCCCGAGGCCCUGGAGGAGCUGCACCUGGAGGGCAACCGCAUCGGCCACGUGGGCCCCGAAGCCUUCCUCAGCACGCCCCGCCUGCGCGCCCUCUUCCUCAGGGCCAACAGGCUUCACAUGACGAGCAUCGCCGCCGAGGCCUUCCUGGGCCUCCCGCAGCUGCGCCUGGUGGACACGGAGGGCAACCUGGAGCAGGUGCUGGUGCGGCUGCCAUCCGCCGCCCCGCGUGGGCCACGGGCGGGGGGCUCCUGAGCCCUGGGGCUCCGCUGGGCCAUGGACUGAGGACACGGCGCCCACCUGGGGCCCCCCGCCCGGCUCUCCCGGGCCCCGCGACUGGGCUUGCUCCGCCCUGCGCUGGGGCACGCGGGAGGGACUGAGGCAUGCAGCUGGCACGCUCCAGGUGCUGAGACCACGGUGGCCUGUGGGACACACCCUCCCCCCAUGCAAAUGAGGCUGGUGACAAUAAAGCCUAACACGCUGAGUGCUCA